AUGGCUUUCUCAUACUACGAAUACCUGCCAUCGAAAGCAGCUGCUAUCAUAGCCUGCCUCAUCUUCAUCGUCAUCACCAUUCUGCACACCUGGCAACUCUUCCGCACACGAACCUGGUUCUUCAUCCCCUUCGUAAUCGGCGGUCUCUUCGAAGUCAUCGGCUAUGCCGCCCGAGCCAAAUCCGCAGAUCAACACCCAGACUACACUUUGAUGCCAUAUAUCCUACAAUCCCUCUUCUUACUUCUCGCACCCACCCUCUUCGCCGCAAGCAUAUACAUGGAACUCGGCCGCAUCCUCGACCUCACAGAAGGCUCCUCCCGCUCCAUAAUCGGACGCAAAAAGCUCACAAAGAUUUUCGUACUAGGAGAUGUCCUAUCCUUUCUCGCACAAAGUGGUGGUGGUGGAAUGCUAGCUCAAGGCAACAGUUCUGGAAACAAAGUCAUCAUCGGUGGUCUGGUACUGCAACUGCUGUUUUUCGGUUUCUUCAUGGUCAGCGCUGUGGUGUUUCAUAAACGCAUGAGUGCGGAUCCGACCACGAAGGUUAUGGCUAUGCCGUUGCCUUGGAAGAAACAUCUUACGGCGUUGUAUGUGGGUAGUGGGUUGAUUCUGGUGCGCUCGCUUUAUCGCUUGAUUGAGUAUAUUCAGGGAGGCAGCAGUGGGUAUAUUGUUGAGCAUGAGUGGACGUUGUAUGUGUUUGAUGCGGUGCUGAUGUUGGGAACAAUGGUUGUGUUCUUCUGGAUCCAUCCGUCAGAGAUCAGGGCGUUGUUGAGGGGUGGAGAUGCGAUGCAGGGGUGGAUGCCGUUGAGAGUGCUUGCGCCAUUGCAAUCGGGGGUGUGA